AUGGCGGCAAAACUGGGUAUUGUGUUUUUCUUUUUUCUGGCCAUGGUGUCCAGCGCGCGCUCUUUCGGCCAUAACAUGGGUUAUUCAAAAAAGGAAUCGCAUUUAAAAUCUCGAAAAAGUCCUCGUACGCGCGGUGACAUUUUUGAAAAUUUAUUUGUUAUAUAUGAUCCGUCGUUUUUAUCACUUGUUUGGCCAAGAAUAAUGAACGGAGUGCACGUUAACAUAGAUUGGGGUUGCUGGGAUGAUUUGAGUGUAUUUUAUAAUGCAUUAUUUGAGGGUCGUGCUUGGGCGUAUAGUGCUGUAGAUGCUUCAGGCAGGUACCAGCCUGGUAUGUUUCAAGGAACUCGGCUUUGGCUAGGCUCCAAGGAGUUGUGUUUUCGACUGGACAAUGAAUUUGUAACAAGACGCAAAUUCUCCGACGGAAAUUCGCUAGUCCGGAGAGAAAAAGAUUUCAACGAGCACGAAGAAGACUGGUCGACUUUUACUGUAAAGGAGGCAUUGACACAGAGCACGGCUGUUCCUGACGAGACUCCGUUACAUCGCCUCGCAUACAUUUCUGCGCAAGUCUCGUUGAAUAUCACGAAAUUCAAAAUUCCGAAGUCAUAUGAAAUCACACUCGGAUUGUGUCUCCCUCGGUCGUGUUCACCUGAUGAUGUUGCGUCUCUCCUAAACUUCUCUAUAAUGCUUAACGACAAUCUUAAGACAAAUGGAACCACGCCCAGAGCAGUAAAAAUAAUUUCGUUGAGACAAAUCGAAGAAUAUUACGACAUAAGAUAUGACGCAGGAGCUGUCCUGCUAAUAUUUUUUACGUUAUUACUAAUAACAUUGGCUGUAAUAGCCACAAUAGUCGAUGUUGGUCUAGAUAAAUGUUUAAAAAAUCAUAGUGGACCAAUUUCACUGGAUCUACAUAAAUACAAUGCAGACAGUAGUAGUUCUGAUGAUCAAAGUAGAAAGUACAAUUGUGAAGUUGUUAAAGUGUUUGUUGAUUUGAAAAGAGAAAAAAUACUUGACAAAGAAACAUUAAAAAUAAACAAAGAUUUAUCAAAAAACUUGAAUUCUGAAACAAUAAAGAAAUUGGCAAAAGUAACAGAGAUUCCUCCAGCAAUUACGCUAGAUAUAAUGGCACCAGAGAGACAAAUUGCGAGCUGCAAAAGAUGCGGGAAGUAUAAAAAGCAACGCGGAAUUUCGAAACGGUUCGACAAUAUACCCGCAUGUCCCCGAACCAAAUAUAAUAACUGUGCAAGCUUAACAAAUACAGAAUACAGACAAAAACAUAAUAUCUUUCUGAAUUUGCUUUUAAGUUUCUCACUCAAACAUAAUUGGAAGAAAAUUUUCAAUACUACAAUGGCUAAUAAAGAUAUAGCCCUAGUACAUUUGUUACGAAUUGUUUCAACAUUUUGGGUGAUAUUUAUUCAUGUGACUACGAUUGUAGGUUAUCUUUCAGAAAAUUAUAAUGAUACAAACGGAUCGGAGGGAAAGUAUUACGUAUUAAGAACGGGCACUUUAGCAUUUGACGCUUUAUUUUUCGUAAGCGGUAUGUUUAGCGCACAUCAUUUCUUCUAUCUAUCAAAUCGGUACACGGUGCGUGAACUGGUAAGCUGUGGCGGCCAAAGUGGAAAAAUCCUUCAAUUCGUCUGUUUCGUCACCAAUAGGGCUAUCAGGUUGCUGCCACCAUACAUUUAUACGGUGUUCUUAACAGCCGUGUUUGCUAGGGUAUUGCGGGACACAGCGUCCGCCAUGUUACCCGAAGGAGACUAUUAUAAUUGCGACACUUAUUGGUGGAGAAAUAUAUUAUACAUUACCUUGUUUUACCCUGAAAACGAGCAGUGCAUGCAAGUAUCGUGGUACCUAUCAACGGAUACGCUACUACACGCGUGCGGUGCGUUGCUGUGCGUGCUGAUGACGUCACCGCGUCGCCGGAGUGCCCUGAUGUUGUUAACUGCGGCCAUACUGGCGGCCACUGCCUUUGAUGUCAUCAAGGCCUUCAGCGAUUACAACAAGCGAUUUCAUGGAAUAUUCGAAGGAUAUUUAUUAUUCAUCCAACGUCCAGUAGCACGAGUGGCUCCAUACUUCAUCGGUGUACUCUCAGGCUGGUUGGUGCACAAGCUUGACGGACGGACUCGAGUGCCGAGGCUGGUGUCGUGUUGCCUCUGGCUGCUCUCGGCUGCAGUGCUGGUUGCGUCAGUGUCGGUGUCCGCGCUCUACGGACACUGGAGCUGUUCCUGGCUGCACUUAGCCUGGCCCGCGGCUUUGCUUUGGCCAGCUUUAGUGUCCUCCACGGAUUAUGCUGGUCAGACACGUCGCAUACUGGAUAGCGGUGUAGUGGCGGCGUUAAGCCGGCUCACUUACUGCGCAAUGUUGCUACACGGGCCAGUCGCAAGGUGGCUACUGCUGACUGCUGGAAAUGCUUUCUGUGCAAACACGGUUUGCCUUUGGAUUUACUGCGCGGGCACUUCCCUGAUGACCGUAGUGGGCGCGCUACUGCUAUCGCUGCUGGUGGAGAUGCCGUGCUGCUGCCUGAUUAGAAGGAUCAGCGACUACGCGUACUCAUAA